AUGGGCUGCUGCAGGGACCUGAGCCACGUUGCUGCCUUGUUCCUGCUCUAUCUGCCUGAGGAGGACAUAUUCUGGGCACUGGCCCAGGUGCUGGCUCGUGAGAGGCACUCCCCGCAGGGAUUCCACAGCCCAAAUAGCCCAAGGGUCCAGGGGCUCCAAGACCACCAGGAGCAUGUGGCACCCACGUCAUACCCCAAGACCAUGAGGCAUGCAGACAAGGAAGGGCUAUGCGUUCAGGGUUCCUCAUUAGGUUGGUUGCUUUGGAGCUUGAUCGAUGGGCUCUCUCUCGGGCUCACCCAGAGCCUUUGGGACGUGUAUUUGCUAGAAGGGGAACAGGUGUUCAUGCCAAUGGCACGCACUGCCUUUAAGGUUCAGAGGAAGCACCUCAUGAAGAUGUCCAGGUGUGCGUGGGCAUGUUUUCAGGACCGGUUCUCCCAUACCUGGGCCCUGGAUGAUGAUGCAGUUCUCAGACACCCUCGGGCCUCUAUGAAAACAAGGAAGCAUGGGGACCUGCCACCCCCAGCCAAACCCGAGCAAGGGUCCUUGGCACCCAGGCCUGUGCUGGCUUCACCUGGCAGGAAGACCCUCUGGCAGGGGGACAGGCAGGCCCCUCCUGGCCCAACAACUCGGUUCCAGUGGCCCAUUUGGUCAGCUUCCCCGCCAUGAGUGCCUCGUCCUUUCAUACCCUGUCCUGAUGGGACUCCUAGGGCAGCAGGCCAUUCUCUGGGGGCACCGGAGACUCAGGGUGUGCCCAGCCUGGCCCUGGCUCAGGGGGGACCUCGGGUUUCCUGGAGGUUCCUCCAGUGGAACUCCAUGCCACAGCUCCAUCCCUAAGAACUUGGAUCGACUGGCAUGUCUGGAAGGAGUCAGGGUGGCACCCCGCAAGCUGCACCACAGCCCCAGACACCUUGGAAAAUCCCGUUCAGUGGGGAAGCCAGUCCCAUCAAGGCCACAAGAGAGAAAGAAGCUGGGCGAGGUCCCAAAGCCUCGCAGCCACUGCUGCAGCCGCAGGAGGCGCCCCCACCACGUGCCUUCCAGCUGCUGGUGCAGGCUUUCCUGACAGCAGGGCGCCCUGCAGCCCUCACCUCAGCAGCUCAGACUCGGAAGACUCAACAGGAAGACGCCUUCGCUGCCCAAUGCAAAGGUAUUCUCGAUGUGCCAGGCACUAAGCUGGACCAUGGACAUGCGAGCUCUGGAACCCGUGAGGUGCUGUCACUCAUGCACAGGAAUCCAGGACAACACAGGAGACAGCUGUGCAUCUCCCAGGACACUGGGAAAGACUGCCAGUGGGGAAAAUGCUCAGUGGCCCUUAAAACUCACCUCGGUUUUGCUCCAACUGUGCAGCCCAUCCACUCCUGUGAACAGGAAGAGCACUCAAAUGAGAGCCCAGACACCAGACCUUAUUCCUCUUGA